AUGUCUUCGUCAACGUCCAGCGAGACGUACCUGCACUCGCACGCCAUCACGCACACGUGGACGGUGCAUAACUGCGGCCGGCUUCGCCUGCGCAGCAAGGUGUCCCUGUGCAGUACCCUGUUUCCCGCCCAGUGGGACGAGCCCCGGUUCCAGCUGUGGCUCACCACGGACGUGGACUACUACGGCUACGAAAACGCUUCCGUCUUCGUCGAGACCAAGAGCCUUCUUCAGGGCUCAUUCUCGCUGGCUUUGCGAGACCCGACCGGCCGAGACAUCGCCCAGACGAGUUGCAACACCAAGGCGGCGGCGCGCAUCACCUGCGAGAAGAAGGCCCUGCUCGGAGGCGGCGGCGCGGCCACCACAAGCAACGACGCGGUGCUGGCCUCGGCGGCAUGCGGUACCGAAGAGAACGACCGCUUCUCGCUGAUCGUCCUCUUCAAGUUCGAGUACAUGACGGACCGCAGCGGUGGGCCCGACGAGCCGCCGGGUUCCCCUCUCCUAGGGCUGCUGCCGGGCAUCCUGGACAGCGCCAGCUUCGGAGACGUGGAGAUCCGCGUCGGACAGCGCUCGCUGCGCGCGCACUCCGACCUUCUGGGUCGUCUGUCUCCCGUAUUCGCCGCCAUGCUGACCGGAGAGACCCGCGAGGCGACCGGACGCGUCAUUGUCAUCGAGGACCUGUCGUACGAGGCCGUCCGACAGCUCGUCGAAUACCUGUACGCCGGCACCCUGUCCGGGCUCGUGCAUGGAGCGGCGGACCUCUACGCCGCAGCUGAUAAAUACGGCGUUUCUCAGGUGAAGCAGGCUUGCGCGCGGCAGCUGUCCAACGCGCUGACGCCAGACAACGCACUGCGGGUGUUCGAGCUGGCCGUCCGGCACAGCGACCGAGAUCUGAGCCGGGACUCGGCGCGCUUCAUCGACGCCCACCUGCCCGAGGUGCAAGCGUCCGACGCCUGGGAGACGCUCCUCAAGGACGACAGCUUGACCCUGGCGCUCUUCAAGUGCGCCGCCCGCUACCAGACGACGCGCGCGGACGCGUCGUCUGCUUCGAGCUCGAGCACCAACGUGUGA